AUGGUCUCCUCAAACGUCCCAGCCAACUGCAACGACAGUGACUACGGGUCCGACUUCUCCGACGGCGAGGCCGACAUCGUCAACAGCCUCCUCGAGAGCCUCCACGCUGUCCGUGCCGCUACAGAGAGCCCGGCCCCCGUGCUCGCCUCCCCAAGCGAUGCACCAGUACUCGAGGUUGUGCCUGCUGCCCUGGACCCGUCUCCCGCUCUCCCAGACGCAUAUCUUGCAAAGAGCUCUUACAGCCUGCGCAAGAGAGCCCACGGCCCGUACCCGACCAGGUCAUGGCAUCGCACGCCGCCGGAGCUCGUCCAGCUCCCGGAUCUGAGCCGCUCACCACCCGGCCUGCACGGCGAGUUUACCUCGAGGCAAACCCAGGCUGAAGUAGAUGCCCAACCGGAAAACCCAGAGCAAUUAGCAGCAAGGUCGCCCUUGGAGCGCUUCCGGUCCUUCCCCAGAAAGCCUCUGACGGUGACGGACCUCUCCUCUGGUGCCUGGUGUGAACUCCAAUACGCCUACGUACUCACGCGGCUUCCAGGUGGCCGUAAAACUCGCACCGCGGCCAUGCGCGGCGGCUCCGCUGUCCACCAGAAGCUCGAGGACCAAGUACAUACGGCCGUCCGUGUCUCAGUAGCCCGGAAAGAGGAAGCCUUUGCACUCCGCAUGUGGAAUGUUAUUCAAGGGCUACGCACCCUCCGGGACACUGGCAUGACCAGAGAGUUCGAGGUCUGGGGCACCAUCGACGGGCAGCUUGUCAACGGUGCCAUUGACGAGCUCAGCUUCGCUUGUCCUGUGGAUGAGGUCGAGCCACUAACAGGCGACGCACGCUCCCCAGCACCUGUGGACAGAUCUGGUAAAAAGCAAACCCCAAUCUCCAAAUAUCUCGGCUCUCAUCACCGGCAGGUAUACCUUCUGGACGCCAAAACCCGUGGGUCAACAAAGCUCCCCACCGGAGCAGCGUUGCGCCCCACCAAAAUACAGCUCUUUCUCUACCACCGUAUGCUUUGUGAGAUGGCAGCCGGCAAGCUGGAUCUGCCCGCCGUCAUGGCUCGUUAUGGCCUGGAGGCCGAGGUCAGGUUCUCAGACACGUUCAUGGCCCAAAUAGGCAGCCUGCACGACGACAUCUUCGACGAUGCCGAUUCAGAUAGUGACGGGUCUGAAGCUCCGGAGGAUCGUCAGGAUGCCCGGCCCAGCCUUGAUGCAACCCCUGCUCUCGCACCACCCCUGUCCAUUGCGACAGACUUUAUCAAGUACCGCUGCCUCAGCCAGCUCGUCCCGCUGUUGCUCGAAGAGAUCAGCCUCACAUUCCCCCAGGGCGCGAGCAACGUUGCAGACCUUCUCUGUGUCCAAUAUAGACAUCGGGAAGAUGGUCGGGUCGUUGGGUCAACAACCUUUAUGGCCGACACGGGAGCUCUUGACAAUUACAUCGCAAAGAACAUGCAGUGGUGGCACGGUCGGCGAGAGCCGGAAGGCGUGCCCAUUGAGGAAACAUACAAAUGUGGCUAUUGCGAGUUCGCCGAGACCUGCCAGUGGCGGAUGGAUAAGGAGAAGGAGAUCUACGAUAGAAAGCGGGCCAAAGCAACAGACAGGACAGGCAAACAAUAA